GAGGAGAGCCGCCAGGUCAUCGGCAAAUAUUAACCAGGUGUGCCGGUCUCUCCCGAUCGCCGCCGACACUUGGUUUAAACCUGCGGUGCGUCACCCGGAGCAGAGCCUCAUCAACUAAGAGACAUCACAAUAUAGACGGCGGGGACCUCAGACUUCAUCAUCUCCAGUAGCCAAAGAAAGAAAAUACAAACAAACAAAAAACACGAAAAAAAAAACAAAAAGAAAACAGGGGAAGGAAAACACACACACAAACAACUGCUCCAUUCCGGGCUCGGAUUGAGUUUCUCCUCCUUCCCUCCUCCCUCUUCCCUCUUCCCUCUUCCCUCUUCCCUUCUCCCUUCCCCUUCCCCAUUCCCCAUCCCCACUUUCCCCUUCCUUACCUUCCCUCACCCCCUAUCCCCUUCCCAGCGCUGGUCUAGAGCUCCCACGGGAAUGAGUGUGUGUAUGUAUGAGUGAGACUGCAAGCGCGAGCGUGGGCGGGAGAGGCGCAGGGGUAGCCGACUGCCCUUCUCUCGGACUCGGGGAGGUAGACCUGGUAGCCAGGCGGGGCCGCUUCUUUUAACAGGCCUCCUUCCAUCUCCCAGUGUCCCACUUUUCCAGCUGUAGUGGAAGACCUGGCUGUGGUGCUCUCCAGCUGUGCUCCAGCGGGGGCUGCUGCUGAGCUCCUUUUUUGGCCCCUCCUCCUAAUCCUCCUCUCCUUAGUCUUCCCCACCCCCCUUCCCACCCCCCACCCCCCCAGCUGUUCUCUGCCACUACUGCUGUUGCUACAGCUGAUUUGCUCCUCCGUUCCUGGCUUCGGCUUUCCCUCUCCCCCCUCAUUCCCCCACCCUACCCCCCUUCAUGGCCGGGCACGAGUGGGACUGGUUUCAACGGGAAGAACUCAUCGGGCAGAUUAGCGACAUCCGAGUUCAAAACCUUCAAGUUGAACGGGAAAAUGUUCAGAAGAGAACCUUCACCCGAUGGAUCAAUCUACACCUGGAAAAGUGUAACCCUCCUCUGGAAGUGAAAGAUUUAUUCAUUGAUAUACAAGAUGGAAAGAUCCUGAUGGCAUUGUUAGAAGUCCUGUCAGGACAAAGUCUGCUGCAUGAAUAUAAAUCCUCAUCCCAUCGUAUUUUUCGGUUGAACAACAUAGCAAAAGCACUUAAGUUUUUGGAGGAUAGCAAUGUAAAACUGGUUAGCAUUGAUGCAGCUGAAAUAGCUGAUGGAAACUCUUCUUUGGUUCUUGGAUUAAUAUGGAAUAUAAUCCUCUUUUUUCAGAUUAAGGAACUCACAGGCAAUCUCAACAGGAACUCCUCAUCUUCUAGCUUAUCCUCUGGCCCUCCAGGCCCUGACUCAGAUUCAUCCCUGCCAGCGACUCCCAAAGGAGAAAACAGUGUGGCUUUGUCAGUGAAAGAUCAGCGGAAGGCCAUCAGGACCCUUUUAAACUGGGUCCAAAGAAGAACAAGAAAAUAUGGGGUGGCAGUACAGGACUUUGCAGGCAGCUGGAGAAGUGGGCUUGCUUUUCUGGCGAUCAUAAAGGCCAUUGAUCCCAGCUUGGUUGACAUAAAGCAAGCUCUGGAGGAUUCUGCCCGGGAGAACCUGGAGAAGGCCUUCAGCAUAGCACAUGAUAAACUUCAGAUACCUCGGCUUCUAGAGCCAGAAGAUAUAAUGGUUGACACACCAGAUGAACAGUCGAUCGUGACAUAUGUGGCCCAGUUCCUAGAGCAUUUUCCAGGAUUAGAAGGAGAAGAUUUCAUGGAUCCUGAUAAAGAAAUUCCUAUUGAAUCUACCUUCGUCCGUAUAAAAGAAACCCCAACUGAACAAGAAGGCAAGAUUUUCCUUCUCACUGAAAAUGGGGAACAUACAUAUACAAUUAACUGUGAAACCAGCCAACCACCUCCUCCGAUAGUCUUUGUCUGUGAUAACCCAGAAGUGGGCAAGGAAUUGGUCACAGAUGACAGUCCCAGUGAAUCUUCUAGUCGUAGAUAUUCUGAUAGCCCAGAGAACAAGCUAUCCUACAAUGCUGAGCAGGUAUUUCCAGGAGGCUUUAAUAAGCCAAAUGACAUUAAUGAAUCAUUAUCAGAGCCAUCUAUUUUAAUAUCUAAAAAGGCUGACCACAGGCCCGACUCUUUGCCAGUUAAGAAAAGUGUCCACUUUGAAUCAGAUGUAUCUAAAGAUGCUUCAUGCAGUAAGGACAUUAACUUCAAAGGAGACUCAGAGAUGAUAAAUGAGACAUUGGCACAGGAUGAUUCUGUCUCAUCAUCUGGUGUAUGUAAUAAAAUAAAGUUCAAAGAGGGACGCAUGAAAUCACUGGGCUCAGCUCUCAACAAAAUCCUGGAUGACUAUCCUUUGACACAUAAAAAAAAUGGUGGUUUUUCAACUUCUAACAUCCUACCAGGGGAUGCUGAAGAAGAUGUCGAAGCCAACGAAGGAAAUGAUGCUAGUCCUCAUUCAUCAGAAGUCAGAGAUGGGAAGGUAAUCCAAAAGGCUCUGAGUAAAGCUAGUGGGUUUGAAGAGACGGCAUCAAAGGCUACUACACAUAGCCCUGAAAUGAAAGACCAAACCCUCCAUGACAAAAACUCUGCUCCUGUUGAGAAGAAGAAUGAUGCCCGCAAUGGAGUUUCUGAGGCAAAAGUGAAGCAGUUGACUAAAAAGGCAUCUAAAUGUCAUCAUAAAAUGAAAGAUUCAACUGCAGACAAAUCUGACACCGACUUGCGUAGCUCCGAAGUGCCCACGAUUGAUUCCAGUGAUUCAUCCCUAGUUGCCCCUGAUGAGGAUAUCUAUAACUACGUUUUGCACCUACAAGAGGACCAUUUAGUGACUGAGCUAGAUGUCUGUGAAAAGACAAAGCAGCAGUCUGUUAACAAGGAUCAAGAGGAAAACGCCCCACCUGACCAUCACCUCGAAAUUCAAGAAGAUGUUGAUGAUGAGUUUUCUACCCCACUUAGCAGUGUCAGUCUCGAAACUCUCGGUAGUCAAAGUGAAGACAGCCUUGACUUGAAGCUGUCUCCACCUUCUUCAAAAGUCUCAGUGAUUCCCCAUGACCUUUUCUAUUACCCCCAUUACGAUGUUCCCUUAUCUGCUGUUCUAGAAGCCUAUGUGGAAGCCUCUCAUGGCUCUCAGAAUGAAGGAAUAGUUCCGGAGAAAUCCACAGAGGAUGCCCAAGUACUUGACACCACGAGGGACGACCCUCAAAAAGGUUGCAAGAGCAACUCUAGCUUUUUAGUGACUGAGUUGAGUGCUGAAGUCCCACAGAUGGAUCUUCCUAGUCAUCCAGCUGAAAAAGAGCCAUCUUUGGAAACUGUUGAGACAAAAAACCACGUGGAGCAUAAAGGAAAGGACCCCCCUAAUACUGACUCAGUGGACAACUCUCAGCAACCGUGGCAGUCCCAGGAUUUUCAAAAUGUGGGCAAGUUAGAUGUCUCUUUGGAGAAAUUGCCUGAAGAAGCCACCAGCACUAAGAAGCAUGAAGAAUGGAAUCAUGGAGACCAAGCAGAGAGUUCGCUCUUUGUAGCAGCUAGAGCUGCUCAUUUCUCAGAGGAUCUAGAAGAAGAAAUCAUUGAUCACAAAGUGAUUUCAAGGACAAGCCACAGUGACACCAGUCUUUACAUCCGAAGACAGAGUAAUAAGCCCUCGGAAAUGGAUCAUUAUAGUCAUGCCCGUUUGAGACCUACAGAAAUGGAAGAAAGAAGAAAUCGGUUAUUUAGGAAGGCAAACAACUUCGGAGAGGCCAUGCUGCAUGGACAUCAUGGUGCAUCAGACUCCCUUGUACAGUUUGCACAACAACAGGACCUGGUGUACUUCAUCCUCUUCCUCUGGUUGCUGGUUUACUGCCUUUUGCUCUUCCCGCAGCUUGAUAUAAAAAAACUUUGAUUUGUGUGUUUCAAUAAUAAAGGACAGAGACCUAA